AUGUUAGUUAAAUACGAUCUGGUUGGCAAUAGUUGGUUGGAACGGGUGUAUAAUUUGAGAGAGAAGUGGGCACUAGUUUAUGGGAGACAGACAUUCUGUGCUGAUAUGAGUACAACACAACGUAGCGAAAGUAUGAAUGCUCAAUUACGGAGGUAUAGUAGCAAUAAAAAUCACUUAUGUCAGUUUUUUGAGCAUUUUGAGCGUCUUCUCAAUGAUAGGCGUUAUGAAGAAAGUGUGGCAGAUUUCAAGACUAAACAUAGUUCUCCAGCUUUACCAUAUCCAGUUCGAAUUUUAAAACAUGCAUCAACUAUCUACACUGCCGAAGUGUUUGAGUUAUUCCAAUGUCAAAUUUGGAAAGCAUGGGAUUGUAUAAUAGAAGAAGAGGAGGUUGUUGGCACAACUUAUAGGUAUAAAGUUUAUCCUCCAAGGAAAAAGAUUGAUCAUUUUGUUACAUAUAACCCAGAAAAUGAUACUAUUUCAUGUAGCUGUAGAAAAUUUGAGUUUGUAGGGAUACUUUGUUCACAUGCAUUGAAGGUUCUUUGUUCAAAAAAUAUUCACAAGAUUACAAACCAAUAUAUUCUACAAAGAUGGAAAAAGGAUGCGAAAGUUGAAAUUUGUCAACAACAUAAGUUGUCUACUCGACAAGUAGAUGAAAAAAUAUGUUCGAGGAUACGAUUUCAAGAAUUGGGUAAAUUAUUUACCCACUUUGCAGGAGUUGCAGCUCAAAGUGAAGAUACUUGCAAAUGGGCUUUAGAUGUACAUCAAAAGUCAUUAGCGGAAGUAGAAGCACGUCUAAAGAAAUUGAUAAGUGGAGAAGAGGAUGAUAAUGAGGAAGAGAGUAUAGAUUGUGAAGAAAAUGUUAAUGUAGAGCUGCAAUGUGAUACCUCAACAGUGAAAGGAAUAAAAAUGAGAGGCAGUAGUCAUGGGAGUAGGGGGCGUGGAAGAGGUAAUGGCUCCAACAAUGGUUCUACUCGUUGCAAGAGUUCCUUAGAAAAAGGUCGUACUCGCAAAAAACAUUGCACAAACGAUCAGGAUGAUGAAUCACACGUUCCAUGA